AUGCCAGUUGAGAGUUCGAAUGCAUCUGAUCGAGAUGCUGAACCAUUUGUGGAGGUUGAUCCAACUGGACGGUAUGGGCGGUAUGCUGACCUCCUUGGUCAUGGUGCUGUGAAAAAGGUUUAUAGGGCUUUUGAUCAGGAGGAAGGUACAGGGGUGGCCUGGAAUCAGGUCCAGUUUUACAAUUACAGUAACGGCCCAACACUCAUAAAUCGGCUUUACUCUGAGGUUAAGCUGUUGAGGCAGUUGAAGAACAAGUAUAUCAUUGUUUGUCACAGCGUUUGGAAGGACGAGGCGCAUAGCACUUUGAAUUUUAUCACUGAGGUGUGCAAUUCUGGAAACCUGAGGGGUAACCUAAAUCCACAAAACUAA